UACCAAUCGAGCCGUAUUAUUACCGAUAGUGCCAAUCAACAUGGCGACGAGGUUAAUCGCCUGUUUUUCAAUACGAUCAUGAAAAGACUUGAGAUAAUUUGUUAUACGCAAUUAUGAGCGAAACGCAUGUAAAUAGUGUAAUGCAAAUAUUGUAAAAUCGAUAGAAGCAUUAACUUUUCUCGCGUUACUCCGUAUUCACCUCAAUCAUGGCUGAUAAAAGGCAGCACAGUUUGUCGAAAGAAGAAAUAGCAAAGCAGUUUAUGCUGCCGGAGAGAAAGAGCAAGAUUGCAACGUUAUUGAAACAAGACGGUCAAGCCUAUUGCAUCUGUAGAAGCUCCGACAGUUCUCGUUUUAUGAUAGGAUGCGAUGCGUGCGAGGAGUGGUACCAUGGUGAUUGCAUAAACAUAACGGAAAAGGAUGCAAAGCAUAUAAAACAAUUCUUUUGUGUUCGCUGUAGAGAGGAAGAUCCGACAUUGGUAACGCGAUACAAGCCACGUAAGUCUGACCAAGAUGACAGAAAGCAUAGGAAGUAUAAGGAGAAGGAGAAAGGACAUCGAUAUGAAUAUGACGCACCAUGGGGCCCUAGCGUGGAAAAGAAAUCGUCCAAGCGUUGUGGAGAGUGUACGGGAUGCCUACGUACAGAAAAUUGUGGAAAGUGCGACGCUUGCAGGCAUUUGAAAAAAUUUGGACCUUCAGUACGACUGAAGCUCAGAUGUAUCCAACGAACCUGUCGUAUACUAGGUGAUCCAUUGAAACCUUCCAAAAAUCUCAAUAAGGGAACGAAAUUGACCAAGAGGCGGAAGAGGGAUUCCAGUAACGAGAGGAACGAGUACCUGGAGCUACCACGCCAUUGCUAUGGACCGUUCUGCGCGAAGCAGUCGCGACCUGGUAGCAAGUACUGCUCCGAUGAGUGCGGUUUGAAUCUGGCGGCGAGAAGAAUCUUUCAGGUGCUCCCACAGCGGAUACAAGAAUGGGGGUUGACCCCAUGUAUUGCGGAGCAGAAUAAUAGAUGCGCCCUGGAAACUGUGAGAAAGCAACAGAGCGAUGUCCAUAGGAUACUGCAGGAACUGGAGAAGAGACAUGUCGAGUUGGAUCGUAUUGUUGAACGCGCGAAGCAUGCGUCCAUCGAUCCGCAAGCCGAGGUGGACGACAACGAUGACACAGAGAGCAGCAUGUAUUGCAUCACAUGCGGCCAUGAAAUUCACUCGAGAACCGCUGUUAAACAUAUGGAAAAAUGUUUCAAUAAGUACGAAUCGCAAGCGUCCUUUGGGUCGAUCUUCAAGACGCGCAUUGAGGGCCAGGUAAUGUUCUGCGACUUCUACAAUCCAGGGAACAGAACUUACUGCAAGAGGCUGCGCGUUCUAUGUCCUGAACACUGUAAGGAUCCAAAGAUCGGUGACACCGAGGUGUGCGGUUGCCCAUUAGUCACGAACGUGUUCGACGUCACGGGCGAAUUUUGUCGCGCGCCUAAGAAGAGCUGCGUAAAGCACUACAUGUGGGAAAAGCUGCGGCGAGCGGAGAUUGAUAUGGAGAGAGUGAGGCAGUGGCUGAAAAUCGACGAGCUCGUGGAGCAGGAGAGGCAGAUCCGGUCAAACAUGGCGACACGUGCCGGCGCAUUGGCUCUAAUGUUGCAUUCCACUUAUAAUCAUGAGCUAAUGGAACAGAUGACGCAGAAUAGAGAACAACAACAAGCGAUGGAGGAGGAGAUGCAGAGGAGAUAUAAUAUGCAAAAGGAACAAUGUAUGGAAUAGUGAUCUCUAUUUUGUCAUACUUGACAAAUACUAUGACUACUAGAUCUGUAAUUUUCAGCUGCACUUUCCUAUCAUUUUUUAUCUAAAGAUGAAUACAUUUACGAUUAAAGGAUGAAAAGCGCAGCUGGAAAAACAGACUCAAAAAUACUUUUUAAAUAUUGCUCGUUUUUUAAACUGAUUACGUACGUACGUAGCACGGUCAAUAGUUUUCCUAACAAUUGUCAAUGUAAUCAAUCGCGGACUUGGGACAGAAAGCUACUGAAAGUUAAUACAACGGUUGUAAACGUGUACUGUAAUGUAAUGUGCGUAUAUAUGUAUAUUAUAUUAUGUACCUGUUAGUAGUAAGAUUUUAAAAUAAUUUCGCAUGGUAAAUGGUACUUUUAAAGCUCUGCCAUUUUUUAAAAUAAAUCUACAUGAAAUAUAAAUGCCGUUUGCUGGUGUCUUUGAAAAAAAAAAGAAUAUGUGAAAAGGAAUAUCUGUUAACGUAAUCCAUUUGAUUGUACUCGUAUACUUACAUUUAACCGCGAAUGUGUCACGUUCUUGUGAUUAGCCUAAAACGAAGAGUCUCUCCAAAAAAGUGGUGCAACAGAUGGAGAAGAGCAGGUAUUUCUUUUCGGCAAUAUCGUUAUUAUUUACAUUAUGGUAUAUCGAGAUGCAGACGUCAGGAUUUUCACACACUCCGACAAUUAAUCGUUUCAACAAAAACCAUUUAUUCACAGGUCGUAGCCUCUGCGGAUGCAAAAUAACACGCCAAACUAGCGAUCUAUCGCUUAGCUUCGGAAAAUAAUCGCGCGAAGCGCAUAGAAUGGACAUAUUUUCAUAUAUAUCCUCUCAGGAGAACCGCCUGUUUCGAAUCGCCUCCCCUUAAACGCGCUAAUGACCGCGAAAUCGCCUGCCGAAAAUUUCUUUGUCGUUGCCGCGAUUGCCGCGGAAUUAUUAUUAUCGGUUAUACUCAUUUCGAAAGUUUAUGUAAAAUAUCAAAGAGACAAUAAGUAUCGUUCUCUGUUUAUGAAGCCUGAGAUUGUACUCAUCUCAGGAUACGCUUUAAUAACUAACAUCACUCAUAUAUCUAUAUAUAACAAACAAUAAUAUAAACUUAUAUUAAUUUGCGAUGCAACAAUUAGGAACAAAUGUGUCAAUGCGAUGGCAGUACCGAAGCUAAUGCGCCCGGAUGUCCGUACAAAUUAUGUGAUUAUCCGACACGGACUGUCGAAAAUUAACAGCGUCUAAUCCAAUAUAAUCUUAAACUAAUUAUUUUGUGAUGAAGAUUGCGAGAGCAAUCGCUACGGAAAAAAUAAGAUAGGCCACGAUGGAUCGAUCGUCGAGUUUACAUCAAAGAAAAUUCGAAAAGUUUGCGUGUGUACCGGAAACAAAUUACGCGAAAUUAAACGGACGUUUGCGACUCGCUUUAAGGGACUGGGUUGAAAACAGGCGACCAUAUCCCGACAUAUAUAUAUAUAUUUUAUAUAUACGUGCGCCGAUCUCUCACAUUGUAUGUGCAUGCGCUUCAAAAAGGAGAAAGGACGAAGAGAAAUAGAGAACGACUCAUUCUUUUUUCUUUUAUCACAGUAUUGCACGCAAAGCUUGUACGAAAUCGCAAGUAAGACAGCAUAAAGGCCAAAUGGCGGACACUACACGCUUUCCUCUCUCUGAAUACACAUCCAGGGAGGGUCGGAAUUCUCUCUCUCUCUCGCAGAAGUAGCGAACGUUUAUUCGCUCCUUCGUUCUCCCUCUUCCCCUCUCACUCUCUCUCUCUCUCUCACUGCCACUCUCAUUCAUACAUACUUCAGCAUAUUCUUUCAUAUUCCAUGGCAACGAUUCCGAACGACCCUUCGCAUCCGUGGUCCAUGAUAGCUUCGACGUUACAUCCGACAAGUUAGUAACAAAAUAAUAAGCCACACGUAUUGCCGUGUGUGUGAAUACAUCACCUGAGAAUAAAUCGUGAUAUAUCUCUUCGUU